AUGUCACAUUCAGUAAAAAUCUAUGAUACAUGUAUAGGGUGUACUCAAUGUGUCCGGGCCUGCCCCACGGAUGUAUUAGAAAUGAUACCUUGGGACGGGUGUAAAGCUAAGCAAAUUGCUUCUGCUCCAAGAACAGAAGACUGUGUUGGCUGUAAGAGAUGCGAAUCCGCCUGUCCAACAGAUUUCUUGAGUGUUCGAGUUUAUCUAUGGCAUGAAACAACUCGAAGCAUGGGUCUAGCUUAUUAA